UACUACACAAUUGUCCCUCCGACGUUUGAGAGGAACCUUCCUCUUUGUUCCGGCCUCACUGUAGCAAACAUGGCGGCAGAGGGAGACGUUGAUUUGGACCUGGAAGCCGAUGAAAACUGCACUGGAAAACCGGCAGAAAAACCUCGGAAACAUGACAGCGGAGCCGCGGACCUGGAGAGGGUCACGGACUACGCGGAGGAGAAAGAAAUAUCCAGCUCUGAUUUAGAGACGGCCAUGUCAGUGAUCGGAGACAGAAGGUCACGAGAACAGAAAGCCAAACAGGAAAGAGAAAAAGAGUUGGCCAAAGUCACCAUCAAGAAAGAGGACGUUGAGCUAAUUAUGUCAGAGAUGGAGAUUUCCAGGAACGUGGCGGAGCGCAGUCUGAGGGAACACAUGGGGAACGUGGUGGAAGCUCUGGUGGCUCUGACCAACUGAACAAACUACAUUCACACUCUGGACUGCUUCACGUCUUUGUUUUGAAGAACUCAUCAAGUCAGAAGAACUCGGCGGUUAAACUGUUGUUGCUCUAACUUACUCUGUUUUUUUUUUUUUUUUAAAUAAAAGUUAACACCGGG